AUGGCAAGUCUUCCAGGUAGUAUAGCAUUUGAUGAAUAUGGUAGACCUUUUAUAAUUAUUCGAGACCAAGAAAGACAAAAGCGGCUUACAGGAAUUGAUGCAUUAAAGUCUCACAUUAUGGCUGCUCAACAAAUAGCAAAUACAAUUCGAACUUCUCUUGGCCCCAAAGGUCUUGAUAAGAUGCUGGUAUCACCUGAUGGUGAGGUGACUGUCACAAAUGAUGGAGCAACUAUUUUGAAGCAAAUGGAUGUUGAACAUCAAAUUGGGAAGCUGUUGGUUCAGUUAUCUCAGUCUCAAGAUGAUGAAAUUGGGGAUGGAACUACGGGGGUUGUUGUACUUGCUGGAGCAUUGCUAGAACAAGCAAGUGCUUUAUUGGAUCAAGGUAUACAUCCAAUUAGAAUUGCAGAUGGGUAUGAAUUGGCAUGUCAAAAAGCUGUAGAAAGACUGGAUAAAAUUGCAGAGAUGUUUCCAGUAUCUGCAGAAGAUCCAGAGCCAUUGAUAAAAGUUGCAAUGACCACGCUCGGCUCUAAAAUCAUUAAUAAAUGCCACAGGCAAAUGGCAGAAAUUGCUGUGAAAGCUGUACUUUCUGUAGCCAAUUUUGAAACUAGAGAUGUUAAUUUUGAACUUAUUAAAGUGGAAGGAAAGGUUGGUGGUCGUCUGGAGGACACUAUGCUAGUUAAAGGUGUUGUGAUAGACAAAACUAUGUCACACCCUCAAAUGCCUAAGGAACUUAGGAAUGUUAAAUUGGCUAUCCUUACUUGUCCAUUUGAACCACCAAAGCCAAAAACCAAGCAUAAGUUAGAUGUCACCAGUGUUGAAGACUACAAAGAUCUCAGGAAAUAUGAACAAGAAAAGUUUAUUGAAAUGGUUGAUUUAGUGAAGAAAGCUGGUGCAACUUUAGCUAUUUGUCAGUGGGGCUUUGAUGAUGAAGCAAAUCACUUGCUUUUACAAAAACAAUUACCAGCUGUAAGAUGGGUUGGGGGUCCAGAAAUAGAACUGAUUGCAAUAGCUACGGGUGGUCGUAUAGUUCCCAGAUUUGAAGAGCUGAGUCCUGACAAACUGGGAACAGCAGGACUUGUUAGAGAAAUUUCGUUUGGAACAACAAAAGAUCGUAUGCUUGUAAUUGAAGAGUGCUCGAAUUCACGAGCAGUGACUAUUCUUGUCAGAGGAGGAAAUGCCAUGAUAGUUGAAGAGGCCAAGAGAAGUCUCCACGAUGCCCUUUGUAUUGUACGAAGUUUAGUACAAGAACCACGAGUGGUUUAUGGCGGUGGAGCGGCUGAAAUAGCUUGUAGUUUGGCUGUAGCCCAGCAUGCCCACGAAUUAGCUUCUCUUGAACAAUAUGCGUUUAGGGCUUUUGCUGAAGCUCUCGAAAGUACUCCCUUAGCCCUAGCAGAAAAUAGCGGAUUAUCAGCAAUUCACGCACUUGCCGAAAUAAAGGCAAAACAGUCGGCAAGUGGAGACUCAGCUUUGGGUAUCGAUUGUAUGCAAACUGGCAAUCCGAAUAUGCGUGAGCAGCACGUCAUCGAGUCCUUAAGGUCGAAGAGGCAACAAUUAAUUUUGGCUACGCAACUUGUGAAAAUGAUUUUAAAAAUAGAUGAUGUACGUUCACCUGCUGAUGGACGCAACAUGUAAUGCUUUUUUGUUUAAUUACAGCGAGAAAAGUUAAUUAAUCUCUAUCACAUCAUUGUAUUCUGAAUUUUUCAUGUAGUGAUAAUUUAACACCUGUUUUUUUUAAUGUUCUCAUAUGUCUGUAUUUAUUAAUAAAUACAAAAACAACUAUUCA